AUGAGCCGUAGAAGAGCACACGAAGAAGAUGAUGGCUACGAUCGAGUGUAUAAGAAACGCAGGAGAGUAUCAGAGAAUCAAGAGAUCGAAGAUCGUCUUGAAUCUCUUAUCCUGCGCGUUGGAGAGAAGUCAACAUCAUCUUUGGAGAGCAACCUAGAAGGUCUGGCUUCUGUAUUAGAAGCCGACUUGGGUUUAUUUCGUAGCAAAAUUCUUCGGAUUUUAACGGACUGUGCUAUUAAGAUGCCAGAGAAAUGCACAAUUUACACCACCCUUGUUGGAUUGUUAAACGCGAAAAAUUUCAAUUUUGGUGGAGAAUUUGUUGAUUACAUGGUUAAAAAUUUCAAGGAUUCCUUAAAAGCAUGCAAAUGGGAUGUAGCUAGAUAUUCCCUUAGAUUUCUUGCUGAUUUGGUAAAUUGCCAUGUUUUAUCAUGUGGCUCAUUAAUGCAGUUAUUUGACAAUAUGCUAGAUGCCGCAAAUGAGGAUGGUGUGCCACAAGUGAGACGUGACUGGUACGUUUAUGCUGUUUUAUCGACACUGCCAUGGGUUGGCAGAGAAUUAUAUGAGAAAAAGGAGCAAGAAUUGGAUCAUCUGAUGGUUACAAUAGAGAUAUUUUUGAAUAAACGAAGCAAGAAGCAUCAGCCGGCAUUGAGAGUAUGGUCAAGCGAUACACCUCAUCCACAGGAAGAGUAUUUAGAUUGCCUGUGGGCGCAAGUUCGCAAACUACGACAAGAUAAUUGGGCUGAGAAGCAUAUUCCACGGCCGUAUCUAGCAUUCGAUUCGAUUCUGUGCGAAGCAUUGCAACAUAAUUUGCCACCUUUGAUGCCACCUCCACAUCACGAGUCAUACUCUUAUCCAUUGCCCACUGUUGUCUUUCGUAUGUUUGAUUAUACAGAUUGUCCUGCUGAAGGACCAUUGUUACCAGGAAGUCAUGCUAUUGAGAGAUUUUUGAUAGAGGAGCACUUAAGACAGAUUAUUAAUAAUAAUUAUUUUGAGAGAAAAGAUUGUGCUGCACAAUUACUAAACUUCCCAUUCAAAGCUAAAAUUCCUUUGGAUUAUUGUAUUGUGGAAGUAAUAUUCGGAGAAUUGUUCAGAUUGCCCACUCCAAAAUAUUUAGAAAUCUGUUACGGAUCAAUUUUGAUAGAACUCUGCAAACUACAACCUUCAACUAUGCCACAGGUAUUAGCACAAGCUACGGAGAUUCUUUUUCGUCGUAUAGACAGUAUGGCGGCUACUGCUUUCGACCGUUUUGUAUGGUGGUUUGCAUAUCAUUUAAGUAACUUUCAAUUCCGUUGGUCGUGGGAAGAUUGGGAUUCCUGCUUACAGCGUGAUGCAGAACAUCCAAGACCGAAAUUUAUACGGGAGGUCUUGCUCAAGGCUUUGAGAUUGUCAUAUUAUCAAAGAAUUCGCGAUAUGAUGCCAGACUCGUAUGUAGAUUUGAUUCCAGCAGUUCCUGAUCCCGUGUACAAGUAUUCAUCUGAAGGUGCUAGUUCACUUCCUGGUACAGCUGCAGCACAUGAAUUGGUGGUUUCUAUAAGACGUAAAUGCACGCCGGAAGAAGUAUUAAAUGUAUUGAAUACAUUACCUGGUCCUAGAGAAAAUGAAGAGAGUAAUAAUUACAAUCCGUUAAAAAUUGACGUAUUUGUGCAAACUUUAUUAAAUCUUGGUUCGAAAAGUUUCAGUCACAGUUUUGCAGCUAUAGUAAAGUUUCAUUAUGUUUUCAAGGUACUUGCUGAAACAGAAGAAGCGCAAAUAUGUAUAUUGAGAAAUAUGUAUGCGUUGUGGAAGAAUCAUUACCAAAUGAUGGUGGUAUUAACGGACAAAUUUUUAAAAACUGGUAUUAUUGAAUGUAGCGCUAUUGCCAACUGGAUAUUUUCCAAGGAAAUGGCAUCGGAAUUUACUAAGUUAUAUAUUUGGGAAAUACUGCAUCUGACGAUACGUAAAAUGAACAAGCAUGUGACGAAAUUGAGCACGGAAUUAACGGAGGCAAGGGAGAAGCUAAGGAGAGCGGAAAGUAGAUCAGGCUCGUCUUCGGAUGAGGAGGACAAUAAUAAAGAGAGAAAUAAAGAGAGACCAUCAGAGGAUGUGGUGGAACGAAUGGAAGAAAAGUUGGAAGCCGCGCAAGCAGAUCAGAAAAAUUUAUUCCUUAUCAUAUUUCAGCGUUUUAUAAUGAUCCUAUCAGAACAUUUAGUGCGUUGCGACACAGAUGCAAUUGACUACAACACACAUUGGUAUAAAUGGACCAUAGGAAGAUUGCAACAAGUAUUUUUAUCUCAUCAAGAGCAAGUACAAAAGUAUUCUUCCACGUUGGAAACUUUACUUUUCACUCCAGACUUGGAUCCUCAUAUUUUAGACGUAUUUCAUCAAUUUAUCUCUCUACGGGCAUAAAAUAAGAUAUAUAAAAUAAGAUAUAUAAAUAAUGUAUUUAUAUCAAAGUACAUUUAUAAAAGCUAGUAAGUUAAGAUACAUCAAAGUACAUUUAAGUUAGUACCAUAGUUAAAAUUUUAAACCGCGUUAAAAUAAAGUACAUUUUUUGAAUUUUCA